AUGGCAGAGGUGGGAGUGUCGGUAGCUGCAAAACUUGCUGAGUAUUUGGUGGAUCCAACUUUACAGCAGCUGCAAUAUUUGUUCUGUGACGGAAAAAUCACCAGAAAUGUUGAGAUCAGAAAGGAGGAACUGAUAUUGAAGCAAGGGAGGGUGCAAAAAGAUGUUCAAGGGGCCAUCAACAGGACCGAAAGGAUAUAUGACGAGGUUAACAAGUGGAAGAAUGACGUGAAGACCCUAAUAGCAGAGGUGGAGAAACUGGAGGAAGAACUAAGGGCCAACAAUGGCUGCCUUCGAGGGUGGUGUCCCACUUGGAGGAGAUAUUGUCUCUGCAAAAGGUUGGCUAAAACAACACAGAGGAUGAUUGAUCUAAAUACAAACUGUGGUCGCUUCAAUGAAGUUUCCCAUCCUGUUAUUGCUCCAAAUAUAGAAUUCCUCUCUUCUCAAAGCUUCAAGUUCUUCAACUCUACACAAAUAGCUUUUGAUCAGUUGUGGGAGGCAUUGCAAGAUGACGAUAGCUCCAUGAUUGGGAUACGGGGCAUGGGAGGGUCAGGGAAAACCUCCUUGAUGAGAGUAGUGGAAAAGAAAGCCGAGGAGUCACAGCUCUUUAAUCGAGUUGUGUUCACUGCAGUUUCUCAAAGCGUAAAUAUAAGAAAACUUCAAGGUGAAAUUGCUGAUGCGUUGGGGCUCGAAUUGAAGGAAGAAUCUGAAACGGGAAGAGCAAAAAGAAUAGCACUACGAUUACACAGUGGAGAACGAAUUUUGAUAAUACUGGAUGAUGUAUGGGCCAUGCUGAAUCUUGAGGACAUAGGGAUUCCCGUGGGGGUAAAUCAUCAAAGAAGUUUCAAAGUUGUCCUAACCACACGCAGUCUUGAUGUAUGUAUUUUGAUGAAAUGCCAAAAGAGGAUUCAACUUGAUUUGUUAAAAGAAGAUGAAGCUUGGACUUUGUUUCAAACUCAUGCUAAUGUCAACGAUGCUGCUAAAGAAGAUAUGGCACGACAAAUUGCAAUGGAAUGUAAGGGCCUACCCAUUGCAAUUGUAGCUGUGGGAACUUGCUUGAAAGAAAAAGGAGUUGAUGAGAUGAAUGUAAUGUUAUAUCAGUUGAGGAAUGCAAAAUCAACUAAUGUGAAUAAAGGAGUGAGGGAUGCUUUUGCUUGUCUUAAAUUAAGCUAUGAUUAUUUGGCAACCCCAGAAGCGAAGUUGUUGUUGUUAAUGUGUGCUAUGUUUCCUGAAGAUCAUAAUAUUGGUGUUGAAGACCUUUUCAGGUAUGGAGUGGGUUUAGGCCUAUGUGAAGAUGUAGACUUAUUUGAAAUAGCAAGAAGCCAAGUUAGAGCAACUGUAAAUUAUCUCAUUAACUCCUCGUUGUUGAUGCAUUCUUCAAAAUUCAACAUAGAGUCACAAAAAUAUGUGAUAAUGCAUGAUAUGGUUCGUGAUUUUGCAUUAUGGAAAGCAUCUGAAGAGGAUCAUAUCAUUAAGGUAAAUUGCAGAAAACAAUCGAAUGAAUUGAUUGCUGAUGAAGUGGUGAAAAAUUGUUAUGCUGUAUCUUCAUGGUAUGAGGACAAUAAAUUAUUUCAAUUUCCCUCUCAGUUGGAUGCUCCAAAGCUUGAGUUUCUAUUGUUACGUUUAAGACAACCCUUGGACAUAUCACAUGCAUCAUUUGAAGGCACCAAAGGACUGAAGGUGUUAAUUAUUAGGUCCUCCUAUUUUGGGCCCAAGGUUCGACUAUUACAACCUCAAUCAAUCCAACACUUGUCCAAUCUUCGAACUUUGCGAUUGCAAGGCUGGAAUUUACUUGACAUCUCUUUUUUGGUAAGCCUUACAAGACUUGAAAUUGUUGACUUGCAAAGGAGUAAGUUUAAGAGAAUGCCGAAUGGAAUUGAAAAUUUAAACAAGCUGAAGUUGUUAGAUUUGUCAUAUUGUAACAUAGGUGAAUGUUGUUACCAAGUAAUAGGAAGGUGCUCCCAGUUAGAAGAGUUGUAUGUUUCCACACAUUUUCCAAAGUCAAAAAAUGCAAAAUGCUAUGAAUGCCUUAUGGCCCCCAUUGCUUUGAUGAAACUGAGAAGGUAUAGGAUAGAAAUUGGGGGGCGUAACAUAGGCUUGAUACCUCAAAAUGAAAGUGCAAGAUAUUUACGCUUUGUUCAGUUAAAUAUCGCCAUGCUAGGUGUAGGAAUCAAGGAUCUUGCACAAAUAGCAACUGCAAUUGAAUGUUAUAAGCUUAAGGGAGGCAGCAGAAGUUUCAUGCCUAAUGUAGUUCAAGCUAGCGGAGGCAUGAAUGAGUUAUCUAAACUCUAUCUUAGAAGGUGUUCAGAGAUGGAAUGCAUUAUUGACAAAAGUAAUGCUCAUGAAGAUGCGAUUGCCCCAAGAUUGGGUGAGUUAGUGCUAACAGACAUGGAUAAUCUUCAACAACUACAUCGUGGUCCUUCUUCUGUUAGCUUGUUCCAAAAGCUAGAAACACUAACUAUAUCCAAUUGCCCUCAGUUGCUCCACAUAUUCCCUGCCGAUUGCAACUUAGGCAAUCUUAAGUUUCUCAAUAUUUUCAGUUGUCCGAGGUUGACAUCUCUCUUCACUAUCUCUACUAUGUGCACUUUGUUGUCCUUACAAGAGCUCCGAAUAGAAAGUUGCAGUGAACUGAAGCAUGUAUUAGAGGGAGAGGGUGAUGGUGAUGCAUGGGAGAAUUCUAGAUUCCCAAAAUUGAAAAUUUUGUCUAUUGAUAAAUGCCGCAAAUUAGAAUCUGUAUGCCCGGUCUUUUUAGCUCAAAGGUUUGUACAAUUGCAGCGUCUAUCCAUAACAACUGCUCCUCAGAUGAAAUUUGUGUUCGGUGAAAAUGCUGAUGAAGAACAACCACUACGUGACCAAGAUGAGACUCAAAUAGCUCUUUCUCUUUUGGAAUACCUCACACUAACAAAUCUUCCAAACCUUGUCGGAAUUUGCUCAAAGAGGUAUCAUCUACGGUGGCUAUCUAUAAAGACAAUAGAAGGGGAGAAUUGUCCAAAUCUGGUACGUGCUGCCUCACAUAUUGUGAUUUGA